UAUACAAAACAAGCCGCGUAAGCACGGUUUCACAAAUCAUUUUGAUUGUUUACACGAGUGAAGUUAAUAAUGCGGUGGAAAUUGGUACGGCCGCUGAGACUGAGCUCGCUGCUGCUUGUCCAAAACUAACUCUUUAAUGGCUCACAUCCAUCAGCACAGCACGACUCUGACUGAAAUUCUGCUUGCAUUCUCAUUUCAGGACACAUUCAUAAAUCACAAGAACGCGGCGUCAGGCACUCGGCUGUCCAUGCUACAAGCAUUCAUUCAUUUCCUCAAACCACAGAUCUUUUCCCCAGACCAUAUGGCAGAACACUGCACAAAGCUUAAGAGUAUGUUUAAGAUAGAAGUACCCGUGAGACGACGACAUGCUGAGGCACUUGAAGAUCAUCUUGAUCAAGCUGGUGUCUGUUUCUCUGAAUAGUAAGGUUAAUGACGUUGGGUUUCUGCUCAAAUUUUCGGAAUCCAUGAAGUCAGAGAUUUAAACAAAAAACAUGCAUGUUUUAGAGAUUAAAAAGAAGAACAAAACUUGCCAAAUACUUCGUGUUAUGGAAUGUCUUUCAGUUGUGAUAUAUACGAGGCGAGGUAAUUCAGUAGAACAGUCGUCUCAGCCACAACGAUAGUAUAGCGUUGGUCAAGUCUUUGUCUAUUCCAGUUCAUUCAAUGGAACUUUUAACCUGCAAAAUGUUCACUGCUUAGUAAUCCAAAAGAUAAACCAUGGUGGUUUUUUCUUCUUCAGUCUAAAAAAUGAACAAAACUAGAACUUCAAUUAAUUUGGAAGAGAGAAUUAAAGUACAUACUAGUGCUCAGGAAUAGAACUACAAUAAGAUAAUUAAGAUGGUGCCAUACCAGCUGCGAGAUUCAAUUCUGUCCACGUCAUAACCAAAAUAAGGCGUACCUCAGAUUCAACGCUACAAAAAUGUGUAUAUAAAACAGCUAUACCAAUAAACAGAGAUGUUCGCAAAGAUCACAAGGUUUUCGCCACCCUUGUUUGCACGCAAACCACAGAGUUAUGGUGAGUGAGACACGCAUGGCUCCAUGUGUGGUUGAUGGCAUAUGAUAGCUAGGCCACUCGCCGACUGGUGAAGGAGGCCUCCAGCUGCUUCCAGGCAGCUGCCAACCGCUGUCAGCUUCAGCUUGCCCCCAAACACCAGGUACCUCUAAACUGUUGCUGACUCCAGAUUCUGGAUCAGGAAUGCCGUGACAAAUCAUAACAGCAGAUUAGGAAUGAACAAACUAAGAUGUGCAACCUAACAAUUUCCUGAAAGGCAGAAAAGUGCACAGUUAGGGUUUAUGGUUUAGGUCUACAUCAGCUUAGAGAAUUUUGUUAAGCAGAAAAAUUAAUCACACAAUACGUUAUGCACAUGUACAGAUUCCCAUUAUUUUUCUUUGGAAGACGUACAACUACAAUUCGAAAGGGACUAAACAAGCAAACAAGCAAGUCUGGUCCUAUCAAACAGUCAUGGCUAUAGACACGUUAGGCUGUUUUCAUGCUGACCGUUGAAUGAUUCCACACAAGGACCCUGUCGAUGCGGUCCCUGUCUACAAUCCCCUACCACUCUUGUACCCUGUUAGCCAUCACAAGGACCCUAUUGUAAGUUUCCAACUAAGACUCCGAUUCAAGUUAACGCGUGCAAGCAAAAAAACGUAACAAAAAUGGCAGUGGCGAGUACCUCUUCGGCUCUCCGGCUCCUGCCUCUCCUCCUCGCACUCCUACUCGCUGCCACCAGCGAGGCCACCACAUUCAAAAUCAUCAACCAAUGCUCCUACACCGUGUGGCCAGCCGCUCUGCCGGGAGGUGGCGUGAAGCUUGAUCCGGGGGAGACGUGGGCGUUGAACAUGCCCGCUGGUACCUCAACAGGGCGCAUCUGGGCACGCACAGGCUGCUCACUCCUUGGCAAAGGCGGGUCAUGCCAAACUGGCGACUGCAGCGGCUUGCUCGCCUGUACGGUCAGUACUCGAUCGCCCAUCACGCUGGGCGAGUUCAGUCUUGCCCAAGGCCAAAGUGAUGAUGAUUUCUUCGACAUCUCGCUCAUUGAUGGCUUCAACGUGCCCAUGGACUUCCUGCCGGUGCCGGUUCAGGGAAGGUCAGGAUGCAGCAAGGGGCCGCGUUGUGCAGCCAACAUCACAUCGCAGUGCCCAAGAGAGCUGAAGGCUCCAGGAGGGUGUAACAAUCCCUGUACUGGGAGCACGGCAAGCCGUUGCAACACAAGUUACUCAGCCUUCUUUAAGCAGAUGUGCCCAGAUGCCUACAGCAAGCCUGAUGAUACAUCCACUUACUCUUGCCCGUCGGGCACAAAGUACCAGGUCAUCUUCUGUCCCCUGAUUAAUCAAACACUCUCACCUACAGAUGAAAGUCCCCUGCCUGCACCCCCGGCCAAGGCAACACCUCCGACCCCAAGUACUCUGCCUACAACUAUUGGGCCAACAAGCAUGAAACCUAAAUCCCCCUCUGGAAGAAGAGUUGUUGCAAUUCUAGCUCCUGUAGGCGGCUUAAUUUUGCUCACCAUCUUGUUCCUCGUCGCCUUCUUUAUAUGUAAACGAAGAACACAACAACAACAUGAGAUGGAAGAAGAGGAAGAGUUUGGGGAGCUAGAAGGAACACCAAUGAGGUUCACAUUUCAACAGCUAAGAGCAGCAACCGAGCAAUUUGCAGACAAGCUCGGGGAAGGAGGAUUCGGGUCUGUUUUCAAGGGACAGUUUGGUGGUGAAAGGAUUGCAGUAAAACGUUUGGAUCGAACUGGUCAGGGCAAAAGAGAAUUUUCGGCAGAAGUUCAGACAAUUGGCGGCAUUCAUCAUAUUAAUCUGGUGAGAUUGAUUGGUUUCUGUGCAGAGAAAUCCCACAGGCUCUUGGUAUAUGAGUACAUGCCCAAAGGAUCCUUGGACAGAUGGAUCUAUUGUCGACAUGACAAUGAUGCUUCUCCUCUGGAUUGGAGCACGCGGUGCAAGAUUAUAACUCAUAUAGCUAAGGGACUCUCCUAUCUUCAUGAGGAGUGCACAAAACGAAUUGCUCAUUUGGAUAUCAAACCACAAAACAUCCUCUUAUAUGAUGACUUUAAUGCUAAACUUUCUGAUUUUGGACUAUGCAAACUCAUAGACAGGGAUAUGAGCCAAGUUGUUACCAGAAUGAGGGGCACACCUGGAUAUUUAGCUCCUGAAUGGUUGACAUCACAGAUCACGGAAAAGGCCGAUAUCUACAGCUUCGGCGUCGUGGUCAUGGAAAUCAUCAGUGGAAGAAAGAACCUCGACACUUCCCGGUCAGAAGAGAGCAUCCAUCUCAUAAGCCUAUUGGAGGAAAAGGUAAACAGUGAUCGGUUGGUAGAUUUGAUUGACAAUAACAGCAACGACAUGCAAGCACACAAGCAAGAUGCAAUUCAGAUGAUGAUGCUUGCAAUGUGGUGCUUGCAGAUUGAUUGCAAAAAAAGGCCUAAAAUGUCUGAGGUUGUAAACGUAUUGGAAGGUGUCAUGACCGCAGACCUCAACAUAGAGCAUAAUUUUGUUGUAACAACUCCAGCAAAUUUUGGUAGCACAGGAAAUGUGAGCUCUUCAGCUCCACCUCUAGCUUCAGAUGUAUCAGGCCCCAGGUGAAACAGAGAUAAUUCUGACAUGGUAGGCAAUUAGAUUGUGCAUAGGAGAUUCUCUUAUGUAAAAACAAAAUUCAUGGUCUGUUAUAUUUUAUCAAAUUAUUACAACUUUUGA